ACAAGUCUCAGAUCAUCAGGUGCGAGACAUGGCGCUGAGAGCCGCUCUGCUGAAGAGUAUCUGGUACGCCUUCACGUCCCUGGACACCGAAGACAGCGGCAAAGUGUCCAAAUCACAGCUCAAGGUUUUGUCUCAUAACCUUCACAGUGUUUUGCGGAUUCCUCACGACCCGGCGGCCCUCGAGAGACACUUCAGCGACGAUGACGACGGCCCCGUAUCCAGUCAGGGCUACAUGCCCUACCUGAACCAGUUCAUUCUGGACAAGGUGACGGAGGGGACGUUCGUUAAAGAGGAGGUUGACGAGCUGUGCUGGACUCUCUCUUCUAAGAAGAACUACCGCCCCGACGGCCAGCGGCUUCUGUCCAAUCAGGACUCCAUGAGGCUCUGGUGUCUCUUCAACUUCCUGGCGGACGACAGAUACCCCCUCACGCUCGUGCCGGAGGAGGCGGAGUAUCUUCUGAGGAAGGUGAGCAGCGUGAUGCCGGUGGAGCUGACCUGCGUGGAGCUGGAGGAGUUCCUGACGCAGGACUCCGUCCAGAAGGACGGCCUGAGCGUCUGGAGCUUUCUGGACGUGGUGAACGCGGCGGCUGUGAGCCGAGGGCUGGACGGGGAGAGCAUCGGCGUGGCUGUGGAGAAGGUCUACAGAGAGAUGGUGGGCAACGUGCUGAAGGAGGGCUAUCUGUGGAAGAAGGGUCAUCUGCGCAGGAACUGGACGGAGCGCUGGUUCUGUCUGAAGCCCGGCUCGCUCUCGUACUUCGUGGGCGAGGAUUGUCGCGACUGUAAGGGCGUGAUCGAGAUGGACCAGAACUGCUGCGUGGAGGUGCUGUCCGACCGAGACGGGAAGAGAUGCAUGUUCUGCGUCAAAACGCUCAACAAGACCUUCGAGAUCAGCGCGCCCGACUCCAGACAGAGACAGGAGUGGAUCACAGCGCUGCAGACGGCUCUGCGUCUGUCGGUGGACGGCCAGGGCUCGCUGCACGAGGAGCUGAGGCUCCGGCGGAGGGAGCUGCGCGAGGAGCGUGAGAGGAGGCGCUCGCUGAGGGCCGAGGAGACGCGGCGGCUCAGGGAGCUGCAGGGGGAGCGUCAGGAGCAGCUGGCCGAGCUGGAGCUCCUGAAGGAGGCGCAGAGACAGGCCCAGGCCUCCCUGCAGCAGGAGGAGAGGAGGAGGCGGAGCCAGCACGACGAGCUGCAGAAGACCCUGCAGAGACAGCUACAGGAAGCCCAGGAGGCGCGGGCGAAUCUUCGCGCAGAGGUGGCGGUUCGUGAUCUAGAGGCUGAACACCAGCGGCGGAGAAUCAGAGAGCUGGAAGAUCUUCAUCAUAGACUUCAAGAAGCUCUGGAGCAGCAGAUCAGAGCCAGACAAGAGGAGGAGAGCUACAGAUACACACAGACCAGGCUGCUGGCGGAGGAGGAGGAGAAGGUGAAGUCUCUGCUAGCGCUGCAGGAGGAGCAGGAGGAGCAGCUCCAGCAGACCCAGCGCGAGAAGCAGGAGCUCCUGCAGGAGAUGGAGAAGAAGUCUCAGGCUCUGGACGAGGCUCAGAACCAGCUGGACAAGGUGCGGGCCAGCCGGCGCAGGGUGGACCAGGACAUCGCGGCCGCGCAGCGCAGACUCCGUCAGGCCAGCACCAGCGUCAAACACUGGAACGUGCAGAUGAACCGCCUGAUGCACCCCAUCGGCCCCGGAGAAAGGAGAGCGUCUUCUAGUAAUCUUCUGGCUCCUCCGGUCCGCAUCCCUUCGGUCAGCGAGAGCGAAUCCAGACCUCCUCAGAAACCCGAGAGAGAGAAACCCGACAGCCUCCACGGUGGAAAUAUGGACUGCGGCGACAACGAAAACAAAGAGCCAACUGACGCUGAGGCGGAAUAAACCUGACAGAAAUGAACACAACUGACGUAGCACUUCAUAAACUUCAGGAAACGGUUCGGUCUGUAAUGAAAAUCUGCUGAAAACGUGCUCAGCCUCAGGCCGUCUGAGAUCAGGAUCAGCUGCUGGUGAAAUCAGAUCAGCACCAGCGUCUCAGCAAAGGAUGCUCUGUAGUGAAUGGGUGCCGUCGGAAUGAGAGUCAUAAAAACACAGCACAUCAAUCCACAGCACUCCAGUCCAUCACCUGGAGUAAGAUUAAAUAAAUCUAGCAGUAAGAGAAUAAAAUACUGAAGAUAACUGAGAAAAGUGUUCUGGUCUGAAUCAGGCGAGAAAUCUGCAAGUGUUAUUUACAGACCAAGACAGCUCUCAAGAAACGCGUGGCUGGAUGCGAAUGACUUGUAGGUUACUGCGAUGUUUCUAUCAGCUGUUCGGACUCUCAUUCUGACGGCACCCAUUCACUGCAGAGCACUGGUCAACGAAUGGCGCACAUUUUUAUUUUGAAUCAACCAAAUCGAGUGUGAAUGAACCCUAGCUGAAAUGAUUGCUCAUAAUUGAAACUGAAAUGUAUUAUCUCGUUGUUGUUGUUGCUGUAUGAUUUUCGGUGAAGCCGCUGCGGUUUGACUUCCUGUUUCCUGUGUGAGCAGGAGAUGCUGUGCUCUUUACAGAUAAACCGCGCUUUAUCUCUCGCUCGCUGUCACGAGAGGAAAUAAAUGAGUAGAAAAACAAAA